AUGGGCCAGACUGGCACGGAUGAUGAUUUCAAGUGCCCUGAGGCUGCGGGGAGCAUCAGCUCUGCAGUCAGGAUGAAGCUCCCUAUUUUGACUGCAGUCCUUCUUGGACUCGUCCUGACUCCAGCCCUUGGUGAAUAUUACCAGGAGACAGAUGGAAAACAGGAAAUCAUCUUUGGUGGAGACACUCAAAUCUCUAUCACUGGCGUUGCACAAACAGUGAAGAUCAACAGUCAGAACCGUGUGGCAAUUAUCCAGCAAAUGACCAAAGAUUUGUCAUGGAAAACCAUCUGGAACUACAACACGGGCGUCAUUGCAACCAAAGUGACGCAACAGAACACCUGCUACAUUUCCGUCAUGAACAGAACUGAGAUGCCCAGCUUUGACAAUCUGGCCAGACUGGCUAGAGAGAGCAGGAACCAGGUCGGUCUUGGAAGACCUACAAAGAAGAUCACCUUUGUGACCAAGGGAUUGGUCAGCAACCUCCAGUCUUACGGAGCAGACAUCUUCUCUAUGUGCAGCGGACUCACCACCUACAUGACUUAUGAAGUUCAGAGAUCCCAACUCAAUCUGGGACCAUGCGUCACCCUCAAUGUCCUGAGAGUCGUGCAGCUGAACUACUGCAAUGGCAAUGGCCAGAUUGACCAGCCUUCCCAGGAUCAGGGUCAGGGUGACAACCAGGAAGUCAUCAUUGGUGGCCAGUCCCAAAUUCUGACCAUCCACAAGCAAUGGCGUGUGGCAGUUAUCACCCAAACAACCUCCACUGGCUCCUGGAAAACCAUCUGGAACUACAACACGGGCGUUAUCGCAACCAAAGUGACGCAACAGAACACCUGCUACAUUUCCGUCAUGAACAAAAACAAGAUGCCCAGCUUUGACAAUCUGGCCAGACUGGCUAGAGAGAGCAGGAACCAGGUCGGUCUUGCAAGACCUACAAAGAAGAUCACCUUUGUGACCAAGGGAUUGGUCAGCAACCUCCAGUCUUAUGGAGCAGACAUCUUCUCUAUGUGCAGCGGACUCACCACCUACAUGACCUAUGAAAUUAACGGAUCCCAACUCAAUCUGGGACCAUGCGUCACCCUCAAUGUCCUGAGAGUCGUGCAGCUGAACUACUGCAAUGGCAAUGGCCAGAUUGUCCAGCCUUCCCAGGAUCAGGGUCAGGAUGAAAACCAAGAAGUCAUCAUUGGUGGCCAGUCCCAAAUUCUGACCAUCCACAAGCAAUGGCGUGUGGCAGUUAUCACCCAAACAACCUCCACUGGCUCCUGGAAAACCAUCUGGAACUACAACACGGGCGUCAUUGCAACCAAAGUGACGCAACAGAACACCUGCUACAUUUCCGUCAUGAACAAAAACGAGAUGCCCAGCUUUAACAACCUGGCCAGACUGGCUAGGGAGAGCAGGGCUCCCUGCACCUCCACUGCCUUCCCAAGGCCUGCCUUCCGAGCUGUCUUCAAGGCUGCCCACUGCUCCCUCGGGACCCAGGGGAUUCAAAGGCACCACUAA